CUGAUUCGCCCUCUCCAGUCUUCGGACUCUACUUCAAACUGCCAAAACCCUCUGGAAACCCGACAUUUUUGUCAAAUGCCAAAACCCUAAUUCUCGCAAAUCGCAAUCUGAGAGAAUGACAGGAAGCAGCAGCAGAAGAGCUGCCCGCACCAGACCCAAACCCUCGUCCGUCGAUUCGGCCUCUCCCGAUCCCGAUUCUCUGUACAAACAGAAGCCGAUUGCAAGGACUCGGAAGGAGAGGACAGGCACAGAUCAUAGUUCGAUUCGAAUGAUGGAAGUCGAUCUCAAGGCCUUGCUAGGGUUUGGAAUCAUUGCAUUCGCGAUUGUCGUUCUUGUGAUUUAUCGGCAUGCCAGCUAUACUGAAGGAGGAGGACGAGAUUCUCAGAGGUCUAGGGUUGUUACGCCGCUUCCCGCCCCAAAGAUGAUGGAUCUUCCCCAGUUUCAAGGGGAGCAUAAGGAGAGCUUGUACUGGGGAACUUACCGCCCACUGGUUUACCUUGGAAUUCGUGCGAGGACUCCACAGUCCCUAAUUGCAGGAUUGAUGUGGAUUGGUAUAAAGAAUGGACAGUACUUUAUGCGGCAUGUCUGCCAAGAUUCUGACGAGCUUAGCACAUAUGGAUGGACACACCAUAAUGGGCGGGAUUAUGGACAUCAAGUUCUGGUUGACCAAGACUUAACCUUGACUACUAGUUUCUUGAAAGCCAAGAUGAAUGGAAGUGGUUAUGGGGGAGAUUGGGCAGUACGAGUUGAUGCACAAAAUGAGAAGUCUGGAUUGGAUGAUGAAACAUGGAGAGCUGCCCAUCUUUUCUUCUAUUUGGCUGAUGAGGAAGGAAAUGCUUUAAGGAUAGGUAGUGAGGGUUCGGUUAUUCAUGGAGACACUCUGUUGGCAUUUGGGUCACGUGAGGAUGUUGGUGGUUGGGAACUCCACUUAGAUUCAUCGGAUAAAUUGGAAAUCCAUUAUUCUGGCUUCAGAAGUCGUCAUAUGCAUAAUUUAACUGAGCUUGUCCAGCAAACCCUUGGAGUCCAUGCAAGAAGGACCGGGCAUCUGCAGCUACCUGACCUAUCUGAGCAUUCUCCAAACAUAGUUGUUUUUCAGAUUUCUGCAAAGCUUCCUUUCAAAAUGGAUAUAGCUUUUGUAUCUGGAACUGGUUCGAAGAGCUCAAGAGCUGAAGAACGUGUGAACAGACUUACAGGAGUGCUACUGACUAAUCAACUGAAUGAGAAACAAAAGGAUUUUGAAGACAAAUAUAUGCAGUGCUUUAAUCUAACGAACAAGGUUAAUUCUGAAUCUAUGGUUGUUGGUAGGGCUGCUAUCGGAAAUUUGCUGGGUGGCAUUGGCUACUUCUAUGGCCAAUCAAAAAUUGCCCUUUCGAAAGAUUCAAAUCUUGAAAACAGCAAUGAGUAUGUUUCUUAUUGGCCUGCUGCGCUUUACUCUGCAGUUCCAAGUCGAUCCUUAUUUCCAAGAGGAUUUUUGUGGGAUGAGGGUUUCCACCAGCUGCUCAUUUGGCGCUGGGAUAUUGGUAUUUGCUUGGAUAUCAUUGGACACUGGUUAGAUCUGAUGAAUGUUGAUGGAUGGAUUCCACGUGAGCAGAUAUUGGGUGCUGAAGCCCUAAGUAAAGUUCCAGAGGAAUUUGUUCCUCAACUUCCAACUAAUGGAAAUCCUCCAACUUUAUUCCUAGUUUUACAUGAGCUAGUUAGGGGCUCAAAGAGCAACAAGUUUACUGUCAGAGAAAGCGAGCAGAUUUCUGCCUUCUUAAAUAGGGCUUUCGUUCGCCUCGAAGCAUGGUUCAAAUGGUUCAAUACUACACAAGCUGGGAAGGAAGCUGGGACCUUUUACUGGCAUGGGAGAGACAACGUGACUGCUCGUGAGCUGAACCCAAAGACACUGUCCUCUGGGUUGGAUGACUACCCGCGUGCAUCACACCCAAGCGAGGAUGAGCGCCACUUGGAUCUAAGAUGCUGGAUGCUUCUUGCAGCAGAUUGCAUGCAUUCCAUUGUAGAGCUGCUUGGAAUGAAAGAUGGUUUAGAUAAGGGGUAUUACUCAAUGGCUAAACAGCUAUCAGACUUUGAGGUUCUCAAUCAGAUGCACCUUGAUGAGGUUACUGGAGCUUAUUUUGACUUUGGGAACCACACUGAGAAGGUGCGCUUGAGAUGGCAUGAAGUGAAGGUGUCGGGAGGAAAUCAUGCAAAUCGAGUGCUUCUCAGGGAGGUAGCAGAAAAGCCACAGUUGAGACUAGUUCCCCAUGUCGGUUAUGUCAGUCUUUUCCCAUUCAUGAUGCGGGUCAUUCCACCAGCAUCUGGGAUCCUAGAAAAACAGCUUGACCUCAUUUUCAACCAGAGCACCUUAUGGACAAGCUACGGGAUUCGUUCUCUCUCCAAAACAAGCUCACUGUAUAUGAAACGCAACACGGAGCAUGACCCGCCUUAUUGGAGAGGCCCCAUUUGGAUAAACAUGAAUUACAUGAUUCUUUCAGCUCUCCACCAUUACUCCCAAGAGGAAGGACCCUAUAAAGUCAAAGCAAGUGGGAUCUACAAGGAACUGAGGAAAAACAUAAUCGGGAACGUCGUUCAUAACUAUUUCCAGACUGGAUAUUUGUGGGAACAAUAUGAAGAAAAGAACAAGGGAAAGGGGAAAGGUGGACGGCCAUUUACUGGUUGGACUUCCCUUGUUCUUCUGAUGAUGGCAGAAGCCUAUUGAGAUCUAAACCCCUCCCCUUACUUUUUUUACCCUUCUAAUUAUGGCGUUGUGUGAAUGAAAACACAAUCCCAUCUAUAAUUCUUCAUCAGUGCACAAGAUUUUGUAAUAUUUUUUUGGUGCUGAAGUAGGAACAUGACCACAGGAAAGAUGCUAUCAAAUCAGUUCUCUGGUAAUUUACCAAAAAAGAA